AAAGACCUCCACAACUUGCUCUCCAAAGGAAUCAUCCUUCAAAAAGGCACAGAGGUGCUAAUGGAGAAAGAAAUCAAAUGAUAUCAGCAUGGAAGUUUUUAUACAAACAACGCCAGUCAUAUAAGUGGGGAUAUGUUCCAUACUCAAGGUCUACUCUCUUUCUCUAUUCCACUCUAUUCCUUGCCUUACAUCUUUGUGUGUAUGAACUAUGACCAUCCAUAAACAUACAAAAAUCUUAAAUCAACCACUAAGGAUGUGACAUAUGUGUAUGUGGGUCCACACAUCCACCAAGACGACCACACAUAUGUCCAAUCAGAGGGUUUUUUUAGCAACACCCAAAUGGCUCUCUUUUUUAUUAUUUAGUUUCUUUUAUAUUUCAAUUACGAUGAGUGUCUAUUAAAUUAACAGUAUUAUCUUCUUUUUUUUUUGAAAUGUCAAAUAUAAUUAAUAUCUGUUUUGAACUAACAUCAUGUAUGUGAUACUCACUUGAUUAAAGUGAAGCAUAUGCCAUAUAAUGGCUUACACAAAUAGUCAAACACACAUUUAAAGGAGAAUAUCUACCCACUAACGUUUGACUAAGUCUAGAAAGGAAAAUAAAAAAUACACAUAAAAUAACUAACAUAAAAUAAUCAAACUAGCAUGCAUGCGACACACAUGCAUGGUAAAAGUGUUGCUUAGUAAUGUUAAUGUUACCUCUCAGUAUCGGCUUCCACAAUGUCCAUGUCUUUGUGAACAUGUCUGGAUCUUGAUUGACAUUGUUCACAUAUCUUAUAUUGAUCUCUGGUGGCUAUCGAGACCACCAAAUAAAAACCUAAAUACGACAAAAAUGAAAUGUAGUAGCGCUAACAGGGAUCGAAUCCACAAGGAUUGGUUCGAAUCAAAUAUAUGCAUUUAGUUUCUACAAAAGAAAAUUUUCAAAUGAAAGAGGGGGGGUCUUAAAAUAUCAAGUGCGAUAAAAACUAAUUUAUAAAAAGAAACUAAAAUAACAAAAUAUAAAAUCUAUAAAACAAAAUGUUCCAAAGCCGGGAUAAAUCGCAAUUUCAACCAGUUGACUAACCAUCAUAAUUUUGUGGUGCAAUAGGUUUGAUGGAUCCUACUUGGCUAUAACAAUUUAAUAAGCUUAGGAUUACCUAGAAUUCUCUUAGUUAAUACAAUGGUUCGGGAAACUCAUAACACAAUUUCUUAGUUGAAGUCACAAUUUCCAUAAAUCUUAACUAGCAUUAAAAUUUAAAAGUCACCAAAUCCAAGAAGAGUCAAAAAAGAUUCACCACCAUGUUGGAAAAAAUACUUUCUUGAUUGUGUGAAGUGAAAACAAACACAAGAACCAUUUGUUGCUUGUUAAUUUGAAGGUCUAUUACAUAAUCAAGAAAUCUACCAUUUGUUGCUUGUUAAUAGAAGUUUUACUAGAAAAUAUUUCCGUAGAAUAUUAUCAAAACCCACACAAAAUUAUUCCUUUUCAUUUAGUUGUUCUAUAUAUUCACCUAACAUUGGAAUUAAAAACUAAUUACUCAUAAUAAUACUAACAAUAGCCAAUGUGGGACUAGCCCACUUGGUAGAUGAUUUUGACUCUUAGAUUGGAGGUCUCGAGUUCUAACCUCGCGUGAACAAUUUCGUUAUUCUAACUUCUAACCACUAACCCGGCCGUUCAAAAAAAAAUAUCAUAUCCUUGAAAUUGUCACUUCUUGUUGCUCCAAAAACAACAUCCAUAAUCAAAAUAUUUAUAUAAAAUUAACCUAAUUUAAAUUACAGAAAAUGACUAACUAAGAGAUACAAUAUCAUAUCCAUAAUUAGUUACAGAUAGAUUAGUACUUUUUAUGUAAUUAAUCAUUAGAUUUGGUUUUUGAUUUGUGAUUCUAUCUAGAUUUUGCACUUUUACAUUUAAUGAAUGUUUGAUUUUGAUUCCUUUUAUCUUGAUCACCUAAUCUAGGAUUAAAUCAAUCUAGUUAAUCAGUUGUUGAAGUCCGUAAUUAUUAUAAUGAACUGGUAAUAAGUAGCAAAUAUAAGAUAGGUUCUGUGUUGGGAUUUAAUUUUGAUAUAAACUGAAAUUUUAUAUUUUACGCUUCCGAGCUUGUGAGAAGUAUUGAAUAUUGCUUGGAAUUUACACAGAUCAUAAUGCUGCUUUUUUUAUUUGAUUAAGAGCUUGUUUAAUUAAGUUAGUAAAAAGUUAUGAUUAAUUGAAGAGCUUGUUUUGGUUAAUUAAUUAUGUAAAAAAGAAUAUACUAGAGCUUGUUAGUUGUUCUCAAUACUAGCUAUAAUUAUGUCAAUGUUGAUUACAUGAAUACAUGAUUAGGAAAGUUGCAGCAUAGCUGAAUUUGUUUUUUUAUUACAAAAUUUUAUUUAGUUUAUUUCAUUACUAUUUUAGUUUUUAAAUAAUAAUAAAAAAAUCGCCCUGUUUUGAACUUGUUGUCUACUAUUAGACGCGUCUCCUAUUAGAUGUCUUCUAUUAGUUGUCUCCUAUUAGUUAUCUCCUAUUUUAUUUGCAACUCUUUCACGUAUUGUAUAUAUAACCCCUUUGGGUUAAUUGUUGAAUAAUUAGAAAGAAUACGUUAACCUUAUAUUUGAUUCCUAUAAUUAAUGUCAUUAAAAACUAUUAUGUCAUUCUAAUAUGGUGUGUCUCAAUUUCUAUGUAGUAUGUAUACAUAUAUUGUUCAUUAAUUGAUUAAGUCAUUGAUUCAUUGUUAAUCAGUUAUAAGUCAUACCAUUCAAUUGUUAUUAUAUUAUCUACAUGUAGCUUAUUUAUUAGUUAUAAUUGCUAAUUAGGCGAAGAUAAAAGUAGUAUUAAUUUUUUAAUAGGCAUUCACUAAAAAUGAAAUAGUCUUCAUUAUUUCAUUGCUAUCGCUACAUAGCAUAUAGGUAGGUUGUCGCUAUUACCUCACUAUUGCUAUGGAUAACACUAAUUUGAGCUUUGUUCCAAAUAAAUCUGUUGAUGAAAAAAUUGCUUGUAUUCCAUGUCAUCUUGCAAAACACCAAAGAUUACCUUUUCCAAUUAGUGAUUCUUGUGCUGAUUCAAUUUUCAAACUCAUAUAUGUGGAUCUUUGGGACCAUAUAGAUCAAAAACAUUACAAAAGCUUCAUUGUUGCCAUAUUUUGUGACCAUUGUUGAUGAUUUCUCAAGGUCAACAUGGACAUUUCUCGUGAAUGAUAAAACCCAAGUCUUUAUGACUUUAUCUACUUUUUUUCAUUCAUGUAGCUAAUCAGUUCCAAACUUCUGUCAAAAUCUUAAGAACUGACAAUGGAAGUGAAUUCACAAAUCACAAUUGUCAUAAACUUUUUUCCUCUUUAGGAAUAGUUCAUCAAAGAAUUGUUUCCUAUCCACCUCAGCAAAAUGGAAGAGUUGAAAGAAAACAUCAUCUUUUACAAAUUGCUAGAUCUUUGUUAUUCCACUCAAAGUUACAUGUUUUGUUCAUUCAUUUAUGGGGACAUACCAUUUUAAUGGCUCCCUGUAUCAUCAACAUACUCCCUAUAUUUAUUCUAAAUUGGGAAACACCAUUCCAAAAGUUACAUGGAAAAAUUCCUUCCUAUGAUAAUCUCAAGGUAUUUGGUUGUCUAUAUUUUGCAACCAAUAUAACUCCUCAUAAAAGAAAGUUUGAACAAAUACCAUGUGUUGUUGAUUUGGAUAUCAGAAUGGUCAGAAAGCUUUCAAGUUGUAUGAUUUGCAAAAAAAGAAAAUAAUCAUGUCCAUGGAUGUUAUCUUUUAUGAUCAUUAUUUCCAUUCAAAGGGAAUCAAGAAAGUUGAGAAGAGAAAACAAAUGUUAUUCCACAUGCAAUUAAUGAUGAAACUCAAAGCUUUGAAGUGAAUACUCAAGAUUUCAUUCCUUUUGAGGAUUACAACUUUGAUAAUAUUUAUUUUAUCAAUAAGGAUGAGAAUUUCAAUAUUCCUCAACAACCAGAAGUCCUUGAAAGUGAUACUGAUUCUUCAGUUGCAGAAAAUGACCAAAAUGCCCCUCAUGGUCAAAAAAUCUCAAAAGUAGUGGAAGAACACGCAAAACUCCAUCUUGGCAUAAUGACUAUGUCGUGAAUUGUAAUACUUCAAAAAUAUAUUCAAGUUCUGAGAUUAAUUCAAAGAAAUUAACUUCUUCUCAGUAUCCUCCAACUUAUCCAUAUUUUCAUUUUGCCCUUUUAACCGAGACACAUAAAAGCUUCUUAACUACCAUUUCACAAAUCAAAUAACCUACAAGUUAUAAUGAAGCAUGUAAAGAUUGAACUUCAAUGUGUUUGGUUCGAGCAUGGAAGGUAGGUUCUCAACAAGUUUGAUAGAAGAGAGAUUAUCACAAAAGAGAGGGAUGACAUACUCCGAAUCUUGGUUUAAAUCUUUUAUAAGUUGUCUUAGCUAUACACUUUUUUGAGCAGUCAUGAACUUCAACUAUGUCAUUAAUCACAAGAUAACAAUACAUUAGUUUUUUAAUUUCUUGAACUUAUCAACUAGAAGUUCAAGUUUUAAUCUAAUCAUUUAUUUUCUUCUUACAAAGAACUAGUAUAUGUGUUCAUUAAACAUAUUAUUAGCGAUAAGAUCACAUGAUCACAUGAUAUUCAAAUGAAUAGCUUAGAUAAGAUUAUCCGUGUAUUUUAGUUUGUAUUAGCUAUUCAUUGUACUAUAUAUACAUCAUAUAUACACGAUUACCUCAGAGAGGUUUUAUUGAGAGUAAUCCCUAUAUGGUAUCAGCUUAGGGUUCCGAUUCUUUUUCUUCAUCUCCAAUCAUGACAGACGGCUCCUCUUCCGAUACUACUCUCUCUUUCAACACAAUACUUCACAUGAUUACUGUGAAGCUUUCCCCCUCAAAUUAUCUGAUCUAGCGAAAUCAACUUAUCCCCCUUCUUGCCUACCAAAAACUCUCCUAUCACAUCCUGGGCACCCCUCCUGUCCCUCCCAAGACAACCGUUUCCACUACUGCUACUCCUCUGGUUCCUAAUCCGGCCUAUGCCAAAUGGGUUGAAGAUGAUCAGCGUGCGUUCCUUAUUAUUCAUUCAUCCUUAACUGAAACAGCCAUGGCAGAAAUUAUUAGACUCACCACCUCUGAAGUAUGGCAAAGACUUGAGCGUUCCUAUCGUCAUGACUCUCAUGAACGUAUGCAAACCCUCAGAGACUCUCUUCGGUGCCUAAAAAAGGGUAACUCCUCUGUUUCUGAAUACAGCUCUAAGUUUCGAUCAUUUUGUGACCAAUUAUCAGCAAUCGGUCACCCUGUGGAUGAACUUGACAAAUCACAUUGGUUUCUUAUUGGUCUUGGCUCCUCUUUUGAGCACUUCUCUGUCACUUAUAGAGCAAUUAAGCCUGCUCCAACCUUUCUUGAUUUAGUCUCUCAAGCUGAAUCUCAUGAACUGUUCUUGGCCUCACUUCAAGAAUCACCACCUAUUGCUGCCUUUACAACUCAACAACAACGAUCUUCUCAAUCCUCUCGUGGUGGCUCUACCUAUAGAGGCAGAGGUCGUGGCUCCAAUUCUGGUGGUAGGGGACGUGGCAGAAGACCACCACAUUGUCAACUGUGUCGUACAAAUGGUCACUAUGCAAGCUCAUGCCCUGACCUUGCAUCCUUUGCUCGUAAAGAUACUACCCCCGAUGAAACUCUUGCUCAAGCUUUCCAUGCUCAAUGUCACGUCACCAACCGAUCUCCUGAUUGGUAUGUUGACUCAGGGGCUACAUCGCACAUGAUGCCAUCUACCACCCACUUGGACUCGUCUUCUCCUUAUACCGGUCAUGAACAAGUGAUUUUUGGAAAUGGUAAAGUCUCUCCUAUUUCUCACAUUGGUACUUCCACUUUACUUUCCAAUCUUGUGUUAUCUGAUGUUCUUGUGGUUCCCAAUUUAACCAAGAAUCUAUUAUCAAUAAGCAAACUAACCCAAGACUCACCAGUUGAUGUGUUAUUCUCUAAUCCUUUCUUUACUAUUCAGAAUCGCAAAACAAAGGAAAUACUAGCAAAGGGUAGAUGUGACAACGGGCUUUAUGUACUCAAACAUGGUCAUCAAGUGUUCUUUGCAGCUUCAUCUUCUUCUCAACUUCGUGCCUCUCCAGAACUAUGGCAUGCUAGAUUAGGCCAUGUUUCUUUUGAUACUCUUUUUGUUUUAAAUAAGAAUGGUUGUUUGUCGUUGACUUCAUUAUUACCUAAACCUACGAUUUGUUCAUCUUGUCAACUUGCCAAAAGCAAGCGUUUACCUUUUACUCUCAAUGACAAACGGUCUUUAAAUGUGCUUGAUUUGGUUCAUUGUGACUUAUGGGGACUGCACCGGUUCCCGCAACAGAUGGUUAUUCAUACUAUUGCAUAUUUGUGGAUGACUUCUCACGCUUCACUUGGUUUUAUCCUUUGAAAUCCAAAUUAGUUUUUUCUCAUGUGUUUGAAGCUUUUCUAGCCUUCAUUCAAACCCAAUUCAAUUGCAAGAUGAAGAAUUUUCAAUCUGAUGGUGGCACCGAAUUCACAAACUUACGAGUACGCACGUUAUUAAUGCAAAAUGGCACUCACCAUAGGAUCUCUUGCCCUUACACACCGGAGCAAAAUACCCGUGCUGAACGUAAGCACUGUCACAUUACAGAAACAGGUCUCGCCAUGCUUUUCAAUGCUCGGGUUCCUGCUCGUUUUUGGGUUGAUGCAUUUAGUGCUACUGUUUACACCAUUAAUCGUUUACCUACUCCACUACUUCAACACAAGUCACCAUAUUAACUUCUAUUUAACAUACGCCCAAAUUAUGCCAUAUUCCAUCCCUUUGGUUGUCGAGUGUUUCCUUAUCUACGCAAAUAUUCAUCUAAUAAACUUGAACCUCGCAGCGCUCCAUGUGUUUUUCUUGGAUAUGGUUCUCAAUACAAAGGAUAUAUUUGCUUCGAUCCUUCCACAAAUCGCGUUUACAUUACAAGGCAUGCAGUAUUUGAUGAAGCCUCCUUUCCUUUCACUGGUACUCCUUCUACAUCAAAAGAGGCCGUUAUGGUUUUUUCUGACUUUGAUGAAUCUGCACCGCUGCACUCAUCGUCUUUUACACUGCCAACCACACCACCACCUUCAUCAUCAUCACCAUGUCACAUCUGCUUACACGAUGACCAUGGAGCGCCAUUUGCUGCCCCUAUGACUCCCACUGAUCAUGAGUUGCCACUUGCCUCAUCACCACCAUGUCCGGAUGUGCCACCAGUCACUCACCCCAUGGUCACUCGCUCCCAAACAGGCGCACCCAAACCAAGAAGAAUCUUGGAUUUGCUGGCUAGUCAAAUCUCGUCUCCAUUGGUGCAUUCUUUACUGACAAUCAAGGAACCGCGAGGAUUCAAAUCCGCUGCCAAAAAUCCCAAAUGGUAGUUAGUUAUGGAAGAAGAAAUGUCCGCUCUUCGUUCUAAUAAUACUUGGGAUCUUGUUCCACGACCUCCACAGACUAAUGUAGUUGGCUCUAAGUGGAUCUAUCGCACGAAAUACAACUCUAAUGGUUCCAUUCAGCGGCUCAAGGCAAGUUUGGUUGCUCAAUGGUUCACCUAAAUUCCAGGCCUUGAUUACACUCAUACUUUUAGUCCUGUUGUAAAGGCAACCACAGUUUGUAUUGUUUUAACCUUAGUUGUUAUGCAUCGAUAGCCCUUGCAUCAGUUAGAUGUUAAUAAUGUUUUCCUCAAUGGGCAUCUUACUGAUACGGUUUUCAUGGAGCAACCACCUGGUUACCAAGAUCCUCGUUUUCCAGAUCAUGUUUGUCGAUUAAAAAAGGCGUUAUAUGGGUUAAAGCAGGCUCCUCGCGCCUAGUUUCAACGCCUGAGUGCUUUUCUAAUCACUCUUGGCCUCGUAUGUAGUAGAGCAGAUACUUCUUUGUUCGUUUUUAAGCGACAAUCCCACAUUCUAUAUUUGUUGGUCUACGUGGAUGACAUAAUUCUUACCGGAACUUCAUCAUCUCUCAUUCAACGAUUUAUUUCUAAACUCCAUGAUGAAUUUGCCAUCAAAGAUUUAGGUCGCUUGAAUUAUUUUUUGGGACUUGAAGUUUCAUAUCUUCCCGGUGAUGGUGGUUUGUUUCUCACCCAAACCAAGUAUGCUCAUGAUAUACUGGAUCGUGCUGGUAUGCUCGACUCUAAACCAAUCUCUACUCCUUUAUCCACUUCUGAGUAUUUGGUAUCCACUGGUUCUCCCUUUUCGGAUCCUACCCUCUACCGCUCUCUUGUGGGCGCAUUGCAGUAUCUUACAAUUACUUGUCCAGACUUGUCUUAUGCAGUCAAUCAAGUCAGUCAAUUCUUGCAUUCUCCCACAACUGAUCACUUUCAAGCUGUUAAACGGAUCCUACGAUAUGUUAAAAGAACCAUGUCUUAUGGUAUUCUCUUCACACCACCUCCCACUUCUUCAUUGGUGGGCUACUCGGAUGCAGAUUGGGCACGAUGCAUUGACACACGACGCUCUACUUAUGGCUAUUCUAUAUUUCUUGGUGGCAACCUUGUCUCCUGGAGUGCUAAGAAGCAACCCACUGUCUCUCGUUCAAGUUGUGAGUCAGAAUAUAGGGCAAUGGCUAACACAACAGUUGAAAUAGUAUGGAUAACUCAUUUACUGCGUGAACUUUAUGCACUUCCACCUGAUCGGCCUACCUUAUUGUGUGACAAUCAUAGUGCUUUAUUUCUUAGCCAAAAUCUCGUCUCUCACAAGCGUGCAAAACAUAUUGACAUUGACUAUCAUUUUGUACGCGAACUGGUUGCAUCUGGACGCUUGUACACUCGGUUUGUUCCUACAUCUUUACAGCUUGCAGAUAUCUUCACCAAGAGUCUACCACGUCCACUAUUAGAAGCGUUUCGUGCCAAGCUUCGUGUUGCUCCACCACCACUUUACUUGAGGGGGGUAUUAGCGAUAAGAUCACAUGAUCACGUGAUAUUCAAAUGAAUAGCUUAGAUAAGAUUACCCCUGUAUUUUAGUUUGUAUUAGUUAUUCAUUGUACUAUAUAUACAUCAUGUAUACACGAUUACCUCAGAGAGGUUUUAUUGAGAGUAAUCCUUAUACAUAUAAUUUACUGUGGGUUUAACAAGUUAAAUAUGAUUAAUACUCACUCAUCUAUGAUAUAUAGAAAUUUUAUGGAAAAAAAAGAAUCAUAAUUAAAGGUUAAUGUUUCUUGAUAUAUACAAUAAAAGUAAAUGUGAAUUUGAACUCUUGUUAAAUAAUUUACUUUGGGUGAAAAGUAAACUGAAAAGAAACAUAAAAUCCAAAAGUAGAAGUGUGUAUUCGCGGCAUAGAGGCUAUUCCUAAUUUGGACUUUGAUAUUUUUAAC